AUGUCAUCCCUUGGCCUCAAAGUCGUCCUACAUGCUGCCGCUGCCGCUAUCAUGGCCUAUGGCUACGGCAACAUCAAGUACACUCCUGCGGACGCCUGGAUACGCCAACAGAAGGGAGGUCACUCACAGUUUCUGACCAUCCUUGGUCUUGGUAUCGCCUGGCUUACCAUGAUAUUAAGCCUUGUGUCGGAUUUCGUGCCGGCUAUUAAAGCUGUCCGGUGGUUGAAGCGCACUUUGCUGAUGGUUGCUAUGCCUGUCUCAUUCGUGAUCUCAUCCAUCUACUGGUCUAUGUUGAUCUUCGUACCGGAGAAAAUUCUGAUGCCAGUGCGAGGGGCCUCAGCGUUUACUCCGGAACAAGGUGUCCCGAGCUCUUCCACCUCGGUACCACAACUCUACCGAAUUCCCUUGUCCAUGGAUCUCGCCUUGCACGCCGUUCCUGCAAUCAGCCUUCUGCUCGAUUUCGCCUUGUUUGAACGCAAAUAUACGAAGAAGCAGGCUUUCAUUGGUGGUCUAUUGGCGUGCGCUGCCGCAGGUACUUCGUACGGAUACUGGGUGGAAUAUCUCGCGACCUUCAACGGUACAUUCCCAUACCCGUUCUUGACAGAUAAUCCUCCGCACAUUCGACAACUCAUCUAUGCAGGUGCAAGCAGCGGAGCUCUCGUGAUGUUCUGGAUCCUGAAUGCCCUUCAUCCGUAG